AUGCGCCCCCUGAAUGAUCCUAGCCCCCUGCUCGUGCCCCGGCGCCGGCGGGCGGGUGUACGCUCCCAUUGCGCGUGCUCCGGGCUGAUGUCGAGGGCGCUGCGCGGCAAGGCGAAGGAGGCCACGCCGCGUCCGCACGGAUCUGCGCGCCCGUGGGAGAGAGGGGCGACGCCAUCACCGCAAGGGGGCGACCGGAUACGCACGCAGCCCGGAAGGAUGCCUCCCCGACUCGAUGCCCCUCCGGCCAAACGCAAGGCGUCGCCCGCCACCGUGGUGGUGCACGAUGACCCGUACAGCAUCAAGGGCUUCGAAUCGAGCAUGUACGACAUCCGUUGCUACAUCUGUCUCGGGUGGGAUCAGAAGGAUAUGAGCCGACUGGUGUGCUUGGCGCCGGGGCAGAGGUGCGAGUGCCGCGUCUACCUCUGUACCGCACACGUCGAGGAUCCUGACUUCGAGUCUCGCUGCACCACCUGCAAGCAGCCGGGUGGAGUCGUGCCGGAUCCGACGGCCACCGCGCUGCUGAGGAGCACCGCCCUGAUCGAGUGCGAGUCCCCCUCCUGCCCGGAACUAGUCACGCUCGACAACAUGGAGACGCACCUCCUAUCCGAGUGUUCCUUCAACAUGGUGCCCUGCGCGCAGCCGGGCUGCCCGGUCAGGUACGCUCGGAAGGAUCGCGCCCUCCACGAGAGGCAGUGCGAGUCUACCUGCUGCCGCUUCUCUCUGACGGCUCCGGACGGCACACGUCUGGGGUGCACGUGGCGGGGCAACAAGAAGGACAAGUACCACCACACCUGCGCGAUCGUGACCUCGGCGCGCUUCAAUGUCGUCCAGGACUGCUACGAGUGCAUGAUGCGGCACGUCGCGGCGAGGGAGGAGACCAUCAAGGAGAAGGAGACCACGAUCGACAUCUUGAGGAAGGCGAUGGACUCCGCGGGAGUGUACAACUCAGACGGAUUCCAGUACGAGCUUUAUGAGUACUGA